AUGCAUGGUACCAGAAUGCGAGGCGGCUAAUAGCACGGAGUACAGUCCGCCCUGGCUGACGAGCGCUCUGCCGGAGAGCAGUCGGGAGCGGCGCUGCUUCAUCAAGACUCCCGUUGAUGCGGAGCAGGCGUGCGGCGCGGGGGCCUUCUCUGAGGAACUGAGGCCCUGUGACCACUGGCUGUACGCGUCUAGAGACACCAUUGUAGCUGAGUUCAACCUGGCGUGCCAGGACUGGAAGCGCACGCUGGUGGGCACCAUCCACAACAUGGGCAUGCUGGUCUCGCUGCCCAUACUCGGCUACGUAUCCGACCGCUGGGGGCGGAAGCGCGCUCUGAUACUGAGCUCUACCCUGGUCGGUGCCAUCGGCUCCCUGAAGGCGUUCUCCAUCAGCUACGAGAUGUACGUCAUCGUGGAGUUCUUAGAGACCGUUGCUGGUGCUAGCACCUUCCCAGCUGCAUACAUCCUUACUAUCGAACUCCUUGGCCAAAAUAAACGAGUAUUGACGACGGCGUUCCUCGGAAUUAUGCUGGUCUUAGGAGGCUUAAGCUACGCUCUUCUGUGUAAGACCUUCCCGUACUGGCGAACCUUUAUCUUAGUGGCGUACCCUCCGUCGCUAUUAUUCCUGUCCUACAUCUACUUCCUCCCUGAGAGUAUCCGAUGGCUCUUAUCGAAAGGACGCAAAGAAGAAGCUCUGGAGAUCGUAGAAAAGGCGGCGAAAAUGAAUAAAGUUACAUUAUCAGAAGAAAUCAUGCAACAAUUAACGACUGUUGACGAGAAAAUCAAGAGAGGUGAAAAUAUAGAAAAAGAAAAAGGAUUGUGGAUGCAAGUGAUGCGGUCGCCGAUAAUAAUGACGAGGCUGGCCAUCUGCUCCUGGUGGUGGAUUACUUGCACGUUCGUGUUCUACGGGCUGGCCAUCAAUUCCGUGUCGUUGGCUGGUGACAAAUACACCAACUAUAUGUUGGUGGUGAGCGUGGAGGUGAUCGCGGUGGUCAUCAACGCGCUGGUGCUCGAUCGGAUUGGGAGAAAGAGGACGCUGUUGAUCGCGUUCGUUGUCUGCGGGUUCUCCUGUACGGCGAUAGCGUUUGUACCUCCGAACAUGUCCUGGCUGGCGACGCUUCUGUACCUGGUGGGGAAGAUAGCGAUCACGCAGGCCUUCAGCGGCAUCUACAUGUACACGUCGGAGCUCUUCCCCACGCACGCGCGUCACUCGCUGCUGGGCUUCUGUUCCAUGAUCGGCCGUAUCGGGUCCAUCGUGGCGCCGCAGAUGCCGUUACUUGCUAUUUAUGUCGACUGGCUGCCAUCGGUCCUGUUCGGCGCAACGGCACUGGUUGCCGGGUGUCUGAUGAUGACCACGCCGGAGACCCUCAACACGAGGCUACCCGACACCAUCCAGGAGGCUGAGGAGAUCGCCUUGCAGAAGCACAAGCAACGAAAAAACGAAGAGCCAGCUGCUAAUGCUCAAGCUACUUCUAGAUUUUAGAUAACAUUUUAAUUUUUUUGACUAUGACAAUAUCCUUGUAUGUAUGUAUGUAUAUUAAGCCUACUAUUAAGAACAUUAUCCUAUCGAAAAUCAUCAAAUUGUGAAUAAUAGUGAUUUGAAAUAUUUUAUGUGCCUCAGAAAAACUCUAUCAAAUCCUAAGCCAAGGAAUGAUUUUGCUCAUCAAGUGAAAUAGAAUGGUAGUAAACUAUAAUUUCCUAUAAAUAGAUUAGAAACUCGCGAUAUUCCCAAUAAUACGCAACAUGUACACACAGUAGUGUGGGAAAACAUGUGACUUGUAAGAAUAUGAAUUUAUAUUUUGAUUUUUACACAGUUUAUGUCGUCUAUAAUAACGCCAACACGUGCUAGCACAUUAGGUUAUACUAAUAAAUAUAAUUUUAUUAUGAAUAUCCAGACGACGAUUACAUUUAUCUAUCAAUACAAAA